AUGAUGCCCGACAUUGCGCUCAAUCCUUCGUUGUUGGGGAGGGUGCGGCUGGAGAAGUCUGGGCAUGAACCACGAGCUGAUACAGCAGAUGCAUUCGUGGAUAAAGACAUGGAGACCCUCGCAGACAUGCUUGGAGACUCUGAAUUGGUAGAGCGCUUCCGUUCCUGGUCGAUGUCUUGGAAAAUGGUUCGGACGUUGAGGCUGUUGGCAGAGCAAGCUGGGAGAUGCAUUGACUAUGCCGCUUUGGGUCAUGGUUUUCCGCCUCAACAUCCAGUGGAUCGCCUUACGUACCGAGAGGGCAACCAUUCUUCCUUCGAGAAGUCUCUGCAACGCUCGAAUGAGUCCGCAGAAGCGGUGCGAAAGCUUUGCAAGACUCGCCCAAGCGAGGAUGCAAUUUGCUCCCAAUUUGUGCGAGAGAUUGGCUGUCGACCAGACAGUAUUGGACCCGUCUCGAUGGACGGUGUCCUAUUGGCGCUUGAGAACGAGCUGUUGCUCCCCCUGCGCUCUUUGAACGAAGGGCGGCAGUGGAUGUACCAGACACUGUCCAAGGCGCCACUUCCGACGGCAGAGAUCGAUCGGGUGGUGCAGGAGAUCACACAAAGUGUGCUCGAGAACAAGUACAAGUUCUGGCGCUACAACAACCCCGUGGGUCAACGCCAGCUGGAAGGUCUCUCUCAGAACCAGCUUGACAUCUGGCAGGAAGCGUCCUGCGGCUGGGUGAAGCUAGAGUCCGGCACCAUCAAAAUCCACGAGGAUGAGGACAACGAGCUGGGCUUGUUUUUGCCUUACCAGUAG